UGGACACCUUUACUCCUCUUUUCCUCCUUUGGGCACAGCUAAAACUGUUCCUUCAGUUACUGUCAGUAGAGCAGACUUUACAGAUCAUGUGCAAACAAAAACCUUCCCUAAUUAUACUAAUUUGCUCUCAAAUGUUUUUUUAAUCUGAAUUAAUUAUUAUUAAUGUUUGUUUUUAACUGACCUGUUCUAGUUAUGGUUACUACUGUUGGGAUGGAACCCUGUGACCAAAUGCAAGUUUGGGAGCAAAAGGGUUUAUUUGACUUACACUUCCACAGCACUGUCCAUCAUCAAAGGAAGUCAGGACAGGAACAUAGAGGCAGGAGCUGAUGUAGAGGCCAUGGAAGGGAAUUGCUUACUGGCUUGCUCCUUGUGGCUAACUCAGCUUGCUUUCUUAGAGAAUCCAGGACCACUAGCCCAGGGAUGGACCUACCCACAGUGGGUUGUGGCCUCCCCAUUGAUAACUAAGUAAGAAAAUGCCGCACAAGCUUUUGUGCUCAUAGGCCUGAUCUUACAGAGGCAUUUUCUCAGAUGAGGUUCCUUCCUCUCACAUGACUACAGCUUGUGUCAAGCUGACAUAAAUCUAGCCAGCACAACACACAGCACCUAAAACACUGUGGGGGUGAGAGAGGCAAAGAAAACAUUGUGCAAUGCAGAGCAGCACAUGUUGCUGAAGUUCACAUUUAUUCACAGGUGCUCUGUAAUGAGGUCAUUCUGUGAUGAUUUAUUAUGCUCCCCAACCUCCAUUGCUUUCAUUCCACUCACAUUUCACAUGAAAACCCAGCACAUAGAGUCAAUAUGACUCUUCUUUAUGUAUCAUCUUGUUCUUGAAGAAUUCUGGGUAGUUCUUUGGGGAAGACUAAAUUAUUGAAAAUGGUAGAAAGCUAUUAAACUGUUAUGGUACAGAAGGGGGAAGCUCUCUACCACACUUAGGUUCUGAGGUGUCAGAGACCAAUCACAGUGAUCUUAAAAUCUACUCCAGGAUGGAGAGAUGGCUCCUGGGUAGAGAGGUGCUUGCCACCAAGCCUGGGGCCUGAGCUGAUCCCUGGAAUUCACAUAGGAAAGGGAAGAAGCAAUUCCUGCAUGCUGUUCUCUGACUUCUUUAUGUGCUGCACAGCUUGUGCCUGUGCUUAUAUAGAAAUGUACAAAAAAAAAAAAAUCUUAAAAAGGCACUUACGUACUCUAAAUGCAGAGUUUCCAUUUCCGUAGUAAGAAAACAGCUGAGACUGGGCUAGAGAACCCUAGAAGUUAAAAUGAAAAGUAAAGAACACCCAUUCUCCACAGUCAGCACUGAUACCUGGAGGCAGUUCGAGGCUCAGAAAGGUGCAACCUGUGGGAAGGAUUACACUUAGUUGCCCCCAAGAUGCAUGUCUUGUGCAAUAAUCUCAGCCAGAGUGGAUCUCUCCAUGCAUAGGUCUGAUAAUGUUGUGGCCUCAUUCCCACAAAUGUGUGACUGUAGGUCUUUAUUACAUUGGUAGGAUUGCUUUACAGGAGACUAGACAUCCCUGAAGAAAACACUCUUCAAUCCCAGGGAACUUUUUAGUAAGGGUAUGGAUCAGUGGACUAUAUCUAAUGUGUCAACACUUCCAUUAACAUUUCCACUUAGACAGAUGGAAGUGCCUUGCCCAAGUUGUAUGCACCCUCUCUAGCUAAUCUAAUCAGUCAUCGAGCAGAGACCACCAGGACAGGCCAAUGGGCAUCUGUUAUGCACCUGAAGCCAUACUGGAAACUCCAGAAGAAAGAGCGCCCUCUGGAAAUCAGCAGGGACACACCAAGACCGCCUAUGAGCCACGGAAACACGGGCAGUGAUGAAAAGGGCAGAGUCAACUACAUGAAACCAACCGUCCUUCCUUCAGCCUCCCUUGUCAAGGCAUCAGCUAGAAAACCUUUUGGGAUCCUUUCUCCAAAUGUUCUGUGCAGCAUGAGUGGGAAGAGCCCUGUGGAGAACAGCUUGAAUGUUAAAGCCAAAAAGAAUGUGCCGUCUGCAGCAGUGCACCAGAGUGAAGAAGGACUGCCUGGGAGCUGGGCUAUUGUCAAACCUGGGAACACGAAAGAGAAAAUUGCAUUCUUUGCAGCCCACCAGUGUAGCAAUAGGAUAGGCUCUAUGAAAAUAAAAAGUUCCUGGGAUAUCGAUGGGAGAGCCACUAAAAGAAGGAAAAAAUCAGGGGAUCUUAAGAAAGCCAAGUUACAGCUAGAAAUGAUGAGAGAGAUCAACAGCCAGUGCUACCAGUCUGAGCCAUUUGCAUGUGGCGUCGAGCACUGCUCUGUGCACUACAUGAGUGACAGUGGGGACGGGGUCUAUGCUGAGAGGCCUCUGUCAGUGAUACAGAUGGUUGCCUUCCUCGAGCAGAGAGCCAGUGCUCUGCUAGCUAGCUGCACAAAAAACUGCACAAAUUCUCCUGCCAUUGUGAAGAUUUCUGGCCAGUCCCGAGGCAUACCACCUUCACCUGAGCCCUUCUCUGCUCCAGAAACUUGUGAAGAACCCAAGGAAAGAGAAAAUCCUGAGACUGGCAGAUCCCAGAGUGAGCCAGUCCGUGUCCUUGACAUGGUAGCCAGGUUGGAGUCUGAGUGCCUGAAGCACCAGGGCCAGCGGGAGGCUGGGAGCUUGUCACGGAAUAACAGCUUCCGUCGAAAUGUAGGCAGGGUGUUGCUCACUAAUGGUUCUCAGGCCAGUGACAAAAAUGAAGAGGGCUCUGCAGACACACCUGACACUCAGGUGCACCCCUUGCAGCCAGUAUCUGUGAGUGAAGGACCCUCCAUAACUGACCAUCAUUCUGCAGGGGAGCAGGCCUGGGAUGGUUCUUCUCAGGGCUGUCCCUCAUUGCCAGCAGGUGUGAGCUUCUACACAGACAGCACAGAGGUAGAGCCGGGUCAGCAAACAGCUGUGAAGAUCUGCAGCCGGGAUGAUAUAGAAAUGGCAGAGGAAUUUGAUGAAUCGCCUACAGAUGCUGUGAGUUGUAGAGAGCUUGUGACACUCACGAACCACAAUCCUGAGCAGAGACAGGAGCCUCUGUGCAUCAGCAUCACUGUGUGCACUGUAGAGAAAGCCCAGCCAUCUGCUUUAGACUCCCCUGAAGAGCCUCUUCCUGGGAUGCUAUUCUUUCUGUCACCUGGCCAGGACCAGCAAGAGCAUCCCCAGUUGAGUGAACACUCAGCACCAGAGGCAUCAAAGGCCAGUCAGCCUCAAGAUGCUGCUGAGGGCAGCAGCAGUGCAUGUGAGGAGAAAGAUGCCUCUGUGGAGCCGCUCCUCCCAGCAGCCUCUGGGGGAGGGAGUACCUUACAGGUGCUUGAGGCAGCCACUUACAAGAAGCAAGUGUCUCAGGACUUCCUGGAGACCAGGUUUAAAAUCCAGCAGCUUCUGGAGCCUCAGCAGUACAUGGCAUGCCUGCCCCACCACAUCAUGGUGAAAAUCUUCAGGUUACUCCCUACCCUGAGUUUAGCAAUUCUUAAAUGUACUUGCCGCUACUUCAAGUCCAUCAUUGAAUACUACAACAUCAGGCCAGCAGAUUCUCGGUGGGUCCGAGACCCACGCUAUAGAGAAGACCCUUGCAAGCAGUGCAAGAAAAAGUAUGUGAAAGGGGAUGUGUCCCUGUGUCGGUGGCACCCCAAACCCUAUUGCCAGGCUUUGCCAUAUGGCCCUGGGUACUGGAUGUGCUGCCACCAGUCUCAGAAGGGCUUUCCUGGCUGUAAGUUAGGCCUUCAUGAUAAUCACUGGUUGCCUGCCUGCCAUAGCUUUAACCGGGCAAUCCAUAAGAAAUCAAGAGGGAGUGAAACGGAAGAGGAGUACUGAAGUCCACAUGAGAGGCAACAGGACUGUGAAACACCCGGGACAACCCUUCAGGGGUGUGACCUCACCCGGCUCUUCUGGAUCUCUGCUUAGAUCUGACUGCCAUUGCUCAGGCAUUUUAAACUGUUUCCCAGCUGUACAAGAAAUUAGUUCCAUGGUUUUGUAUAAUGGUGCCUCACAUUAAACCUAUCCAGCUGUGAAGAACUCUUGCCUGUUUUCCUCCAUCAAGGACAUUCAGAGGUCACCAGGCAGUCUCCACAAGGGGAUCCUGAAGUGGUCCAACACUGGCUCUGCAUUUGGAGUGAGUGAGAAGGAAAACAAACCUUUGAGAAUUAUGACUCAAAAAGAAAAGCAGGCACCUUACCCUAGACCUGUAUGCUUGUUCUUGUGAGAGUGGUGACUGGAGACAUGCCCUGUGGUGUUUACAGUGUAUAUAUAAUGGUUGUGUUUGCAUAGGGCUGUGAACGUGCACAUUAAACCCGAGCGCCUUUACCUGUAGAUGAGUGCUUUGACCCCUCUGUAAAUAACGUGAUUAAAAUUCAGUAUUGUAUAUUAUGAACAGCUGACUAAACAUAAUCACCACAGAAUAAGAAUAUCAUAUAAUAGAUUAAAAUGUUGUGCAUCCUUUUGUCUGGUUAAAUUUUUUAAAAAAAAAAAAAACUUCAAUAAAAAACAAAUAUUUUAAAUGAG